AUGGUGCCAAGCACCUUGCGCGAAGGUGGGCGACUGUUGAAGAUCAAGGAAGAGUUGCUGGAGAUGUUGCCCCACUUCCCUGCCAUGCCGCUCAACAGCUGCAACUCAGAUCCCAACUAUGUCGCGGCAAUGCAUGCCAACUUGCAGGCAGACAAUGCAUUCUUUUGGCGUGAUGAAUAUGGAUCGUUGGCAUGUGGUGUUCUGGACUGGGGCGGGUUCAACCGAAUGCCAUUUUGCAUGAACUUCCUGGGCUGCCUCUCGGGAGCAGAUCCCGAGGUCCUCCUGGCCCAUGAGGAGGGCAUCAUUCGCUGCUUUCGAGAUGAGUACGCGCGCUGUGGUGGCCCCGACCUGCCGCUUGAGGAGCUGCUUCUGAGAUACCAUCUUGGCUACAUUACUUUCGUGUACGAGAGCACCACGUGGCUGGAACGUGAAGUUUACAAGCUCGCCACGAAGGAGGAGAUGAUGACAUUCGAAGGGAUACUGGAUGACCGUUUUCAGGAGCGUUUUCGCGUCAGGUGCCGGUCCAGUGCGAUCAUCAACUCCUUCGCUUUCUACAGCUUGAAGGGUGACUACUUCAUAAAGAUGUUCAAGCGGUGGUCGGCAGGGAAGGGCGCAGCCUUCCUGACGCGGAUGCGGUGA